CCCCUCCUCCUCUUCCUCGAUGGUGCGCUCGACCCGGCGAGGCGCUCCGGGGCUCUGAUCUCCCUCCGACGCGGACAGGUCCAAAGAUUCAGACGAUAACAUGGACUGGGGAACACUGCAGGCUGUUUUAGGAGGGGUAAACAAACAUUCAACUAGUAUUGGGAAGAUAUGGCUGACGGUGUUGUUCAUCUUCCGUAUUAUGAUCCUUGUGGUUGCCGCGGAAGAAGUCUGGGGCGACGAGCAAGAUGAUUUCGUCUGCAACACUCUGCAACCGGGAUGCAGAAAUGUCUGCUAUGAUUAUUUCUUCCCCAUUUCCCACAUCCGACUUUGGGCCCUCCAACUCAUCUUUGUCUCUACUCCUGCCCUUUUGGUGGCAAUGCACGUUGCGUACAGAAGGCAUGAGAAGAAAAAGAAGUUCCAAAGAGGAGACAAAAGCUGUGAAUAUAAGGACAUCGAAGAAAUCAAGAGACAGAGGUUUCAUAUUGCGGGACCCUUAUGGUGGACAUACACUGCCAGUAUCUUGUUCAGGCUUAUCUUCGAAGCCUCCUUCAUGUAUGUCUUUUACUAUAUGUACCAGGGGUAUCAUAUGCCUCGCCUGCUGAAAUGCAGCAUUUGGCCUUGUCCCAACAUCGUGGACUGUUUUGUUUCCCGACCCACUGAAAAAACGGUCUUCACCAUUUUUAUGAUUGCAGUGUCUGGCAUUUGCAUUCUGCUCAAUGUCACCGAGUUCUCUUACUUGCUGCUGAAGUUUUGCAUUAGGAGGUCUAGAAGGGCAAGAACCCCAAAGAACCACACCAACCAUGAGACCAAAGAGGAAAGUAAACAAAACGAAAUGAACGAGCUGAUUUCAGAUAGUUGCCAGAACACAGUAACAGGAUUACCUACCAGCUAAAAUGACCACAAGCCUAGUAUGCAUUUGCUGAGGAAUAAAAACAAUUGAUUAUAUUUAACUAAGCAAUACAUUGAGCAGAUAAACUUGAGUAUUACUACGUGGUGCAAUUAGGCAUUUUUAAAGGUCUAUAACAGCAUAUUAAGAUUAAUAAGGAUUACAGAAAAAUCUGUGUCUUUACAUG